GGGGAUGGAGAAGGAGAAGGAGAACGCGAACGAGGUCGUUUAUUCGUCAAAGUCGAGGUCGGGCCUGGAGUUUUGGUAUUGAUAUUGGUGCUGCUGCAAGGCGGAGGUCGACCGCGCCCCCGACGAAGGUUAUAAUACUUCCUCUCUUCACGUGUCUCGCCGUCUCCUUGUCCAUCUCCCUCUUCCCCGCCCCCAUCCCCAUCCCCAUCGACCACGUCCGAAGCAACGACAGAAGGAACAGGAACGGCUCGAAAGACGUGUUUCGCUUCGUCUUCUCCAUCCGUGGCGGAAGAGGACGAAGAGAAAGGCUGAGCCCUGAAGACGCCGAGCAUGGUACGAGGAACGCCGAUAGGCCACGAGAUGCGUGCAGCGAGGUAAUCGAUUGUUGGAUUUAGAGUCUGAGUCUGAGUUUGAACCUGUGCGGACUCGACUGCGAAAGAAGAAUCGGAAACAGUAUGGAGAGAAGUGACGUCCGGAUCGCAUUGAGGAGAAGAGGACAAGUCCGCGUAAGAACAGGCGGGGGAAGGGAGGGAGGAAUUGACUGUGAAGAGGGUGUGGGAGGAGAAGGAGGUAGAGGUGGAGAAGGGCGAGUUACGUGCGGUGUCGACGAUGGUGCUGGACGGGGAGUCGUCGCGGUCGAUAUCCGUGUUGGUGUUGAGGACGUCGGUGUCGGUGCCGUCCGAGGAGCGGCUUUUGUUGGAGCGGAGGAAGUGAGCGUGCUGUGUUGGCUCUUCCAAUCCACUUCCUCGCUUCCAACCACCCAAUUGCAAUCAGAACAGCAGAAAAAAAAACAGACAAGACAUCGUCACACUUGCGAAAUCACCCUCGGCCGCCUCGUGAUCGCACGCCCCAAAUCGAGACAAAGUCCCGUAUUCGAGUUUCAUGACAGAGGAUCAGUUCGGGUAGCGCCCCCGACUCCGAGUCUGACAGUGAGAGCAGCGCACCCCCGCUCAAGUUCUCAAUGUCGUCCCGCGGGGAUCUGCACCUCUGCCCUCCCAACAUACCCUUUCCAGGCCGCCCCACUCCCUCUUUCCGCAAAUGGCCACCUCCAUGCAACGCCCGACAGCAAUGACCACGCACCCGAGGUUCCGAAUGUUCAAUUAUCCCGUUCAGGAAGCUCGUCCUCCAUACGGUCGACGCUUUGAAUCCCCAUUGUGGAAGUACGCUUUCCGCGAUUCACUCAGUCCCUCGAAGAAGCCCAUGAUCGCAUCGUCCGUUAAAACCGCAUGUGCAGGAAGCUACGUAUAUGGCCGGCUCGGUGGGUCAAGGGUCUAUAUUUGGCAUUCGAGUUGGGGAAGGAAGGGAGGGAGGAGGAGCGGGUCGACGUGGGGAUUCUCUGCCACUUAUGCCGGUCUGAGCUAAUUGGGUAGAUGUUAUGUUCGUUGGGUUCUGAGAUUCGCAAUUACUUAUGGGUGGUGGCGAG